AGUCGUCUCUCCCCCGCCCCCCUGCUUUCUUUUCCCGUCGGCUCGGCUCUCUUCUCGUCGGCCCCGUCUCGUCCCGUCCCAGUAGUGGCCUGUCCUCCUCCGGCAGCACCGAGUCCGCCCGUCUCUGUCGCGUCCCCCCGCAUCUCCGCCUGCCGUCCACGCGACGUCGCCCGUACCCAAUACCCGUCCGUCGCUUCCUCAUUUUCCCCAAAUAUAGUCAUUGAAAAUAGUCUGCCCCGGCGGCCCCGACGCUCUUCGGGACGCGUGCUUGCGCAGGUCCGGCCGGACGCGCGGGCGGACGGGCGGCGAUCGCCACGCUGCGGCUGCUGGUGAUACUUCAUAGUUUUGCCAACGUCAAGUAAUGGUUAAAAUGAUUGGUACUGAGCCAUCAAGUGAAUUAGAAUGGGAUGAGCCAUUAGGAAGGGUGCCAAUCUUUUCCUAUGGCUCUGGGCAUAUGCUAAAUGAUAUCACAUCAUCUUGUUGGUUUACAUAUUUGUUGGUAUUCUUGACGGACGUCGGCCUUAGUCCAAGUGAUGCUGCUAUUGUCAUGCUUUCCGGUCAGUUGGCGGAUGGCUUCACAACAAUCUUUGUUGGUGAGCUGAUUGAUCGUUUUGGACAUUUCAAACUGUGGCAUGCAGGAGGAUCUAUUCUAGUAGCAAUUUCCUUCUCAUCUGUUUUUGGUAGCUGUUUGCCUUGCAAACUCACGGGGACUAAUUCGUCAACUCUGGAGACUGUUGGAUACAGCAUAUUUGCCUCUAUUUUUAAUGUUGGUUGGGCAGUUACCCAAGUCGCUCACAUGUCAAUGGUGAACUGCAUGACGUCAAACCCAACAAGUCGGGUUGCACUAGUGAGCUGCCGCAAUGCCUUCACGAUGGUCGCAAAUCUUAGCUUGUAUGGCAUUGCUUUGUUGAUAUUUACUCUAAUGCGGUCAGUGAGUGUAUUAGUUCAGUAUCGUUGGAUUGCUUAUACGGCCAUUUCCAUCGGAUGUUGUUUUGUUGUCGCGUUCUUGAUUGGAACAAAAGAGCCAGGGUUAAAUCAACCUUCUCAGGAUAAGAGCCUCUCCAGAAUUUCAUGGGCCCACUGGUUCAAGAAAGUAUUGUACUACCAAGUUGCUCUAGUCUACAUGUGCACUAGAUUGGUAACCAAUGUUUCGCAGGCAUUUCUUGCUUUCUACGUGAUAAAUGAUUUGGGAAUGCACCAAUCUUCCAAAGCGCUGGUACCUGCUAUUAUCUAUGUAUGCAGCUUGGUAGUAUCUGUCAUGUUACAGGAGACUAGAUGGUCGGGUUGGCGUCUAAAAAACUACUUCUCAGCUGGAGCAAUGAUUUGGAUAUUGUCCGGCAUUGGAAUUGUUCUCUUACCAAGCAGUAUGCACAACUUCAUGUAUGCCCUUUCAAUCACGAUAGGAGCGGCCAAUGCACUUAUGACAGUCACAAGUAUCAGCAUGGAAGGUGUUUUAGUAGGAGAAGAUCUAAAUGGUUGUGCUUUUGUAUACGGCUCUUUAAGUUUUAUUGACAAAGUGUCAUGUGGCAUAGCGUUGUAUAUCCUCGAGUCCUACCAAGGAAGCACCAAGAUCAGUGAGAACCAAGAAUUGGCAUACGGCUAUUCCGUUACGAGACUCGGUCUGGGGCUAGUUCCAGCCGUCUUCUCGCUUCUUUCAGCCAUAGUAGCUCAUACCAUGGACCUCCCUGAAGCUCGACGGAGACCUCUAGUGGAGCCUCUUCUUGCCUAACUCUUGCUGGUAGCACUUGCACUGUAGAAAUUUGAUGGCCAGCCCUGCAUAUAAACUCCGGAGGUGCUAACAAACUUUAUAUGGCACAUGGGGGAACGAAUUCAGACACGACCAAUCCGCUAAUAUACUGUAUAGUCUGGGAGAAGUUUAGGUGACCAACAGAGAAGGUUACUCAGCAAGGCGUUGAGUAUAAACCGAAAGUGGCACAUAAGUCAUAACCUGCUAAUGGUCAUACUUAUCUGUGUGAAUUGAUCCCCAGUACCUUGUAACUGUAAAUAGCUAGAUAUAUCCCAGUCACAUUGUUUAGAACAAUGCAAAGCCUGUACGUGUAUUCAUUUGAAAAGUUUAAUCCAUCUAAACACCCCUGUGGCAAUGUA